AUGAUUUCGGAUCAAAUAGAUGAACCAUUAUAUUCCAGUGCAUUAAUUACUCGUAAACAGUUCCAUAAAAAAAUCAUUAAAUUCGGUAACAUGACUAAAUUAAGUUAUACACACAUGAAUAAAUUGCUGAAAUUAAUUGAUGAAGGUUUACCACCGGGUCAUAAGCUAUUUAAAUCGUACACGAAAUUAAUUGAAAUUUUUCAAGAAAAAGUUUCAUUUGAAGAAACAAUAAGAUGUGUACAAUGUUUACGCGUUAUCGAUGAGAAAAAUGCAUGUUCAAUAUUAUGUGAACAAAAUGGGAUUCAACGACGAACAGAAAAUGUUAUUGAGCAUCUUUUCAUGAACAAAUUAAAUCAACAAUUAAUUUAUAUUAUUCGUAGAAACAAAAAAUUGAUAAUAAACUAUCCACAAGUUGCUAAUCAAAUAUUACCCUGUGAUAUUAUUUCAAGUACGAUUUAUCAAGCAAAAUUAAUUCAUCUUCGAGCAACAGCAAAUGAUACAUAUCCCAUUACAUUAAUGUUACAUAUUGACAGUACACCUAUAUGUGGUUGGGCCAAAAAACACACAUGGAUAGUAAUGGGAUCUAUUAUGGAGAUUCCACCGCCUUUAAGAGAAAAUCAAAUUAACAUGGUUUUAUUUGUAUUAUGA